AUGAGAGAUAAUGUGGAACAAAUUGAGACCUAUUCAGAUUACAUGGUAGACUUUAUAGGUAAACUGGACAAAAUACAGGAAAUUGCCUACAAGCAAUCACAAAAAUCAAAAUUAAACUCCAAAAGAUUAUAUGACAGAGAUUAUAAAUCUCUCCAAUUGAGAGUAGACCAAUUUGCCUAUGUGCGAAAGGAACCCAAGAUGGGAAAAUUGGACCAGGCUUACACUGACCCAUAUGAAAUUAUUGAUAUCACAGAGAAAGGAAAUGGGAUGGCAUGCCAAAGGACAGACAAUAAUGAAAAGAUAACAACAGUUUAUGUGGAUGGUUCUUGUUCAAAUAACGGUCAUCCCGGAGCCAUCGCAGGAUUAGGAAUUUGGUUUGGAGAAAACCAUCCUUUGAAUACCUACAAGACUCUGACUGGAAAGAGGGUAACCAAUAUCGCAGCGGAAACAGCAGCAGCCAUUGAGGCUUGCAGGAUAUGCCUUAGACACGACAUAAGGCGGGUUAGGAUAGUCACUGACUCCAAAUACUUGGUGGACUGUAUGACAACUUACCUCCCCAAAUGGAAAGAGAAUAGAUGGUUGAGCGCCAGAACAAAACCAGUGAUCAACCAAAGGUUGUUGAGGUUUUUGGAUGAGAUAUCAAGCCAAUUGGAGAGCAUCAAGAAAGCUGAGGAAAAGUUGGAGGAGCUAGUCAGAAGCCCAAAUAUGGUUAUAAGUAACAUAAACACCAUGGAGUAUUUACAGCAUCUUACACAGAUUGCUGUAGAAGUAGAAUACGCAGCUAAGAAAUACAUCGAAACAGGCCACAGGUUGGUUCAGGCCAUAGAAGAGGCAAAACAUGGGAAAUUGCAUCCAACGCUUAUAAAUAGCGAGCAGGUGAAAGCUGCAGCACACGAAUUUGAAAAAGUUACCAAAAAUAGUAUAUUUCCAGUAAGUAGAGGAAAAAUCGACAACAAUUUGCUGAUGCAAGUUAGCAGCGUGAGUACAGGGUUCAGCAACGGAAACUUCAUCAUCACCCUAAAUAUUCCCCUAUUAACUCGAGAUUAUAUGGAUCUGUACAAAAUGAUUCCAUGCAAAACACUUCAAACAGUUCAUGGAAAUCAGACUGUGGUUGCCUAUGUUCAACUAGAGAAAGAAUUCAUCAUAAUUAGCAACGACCUAACUACGCAAUGGACCAAGCUUAACAGCAGUGAUGGCUGGCUUUAUUCAGCGGUCCACCCUGAGAAGGUAGAGAUUAGUUGUGAAGACCUUGCCACUGCUCAGCUAAUAGUGAAUGGAACAGGUUUGCUGCACAUCAGGUCAACCUGCACAGCAGAAACGACCACAACGAUAUUAGAAAAGACAGGAUUGAUCCAGGCACAGCUUCCAUCUAUCUAUAAUCUACCAAUCAACAUGAAUAUAUCCGAAAUCGCACCAGUUCUGAUCAACCCGCCGAGGAAGCUCCAUCCGCUGACAAAUAUUGACCUUCAAGUGAUGCCCCUCCCGGAUGAUUCAAGUGUCUUUGAUGAAUCAAUGCAACGAACAAUAAAUGAAGCAAGGAAUAUAGGGCUACAUCAUCAGGAAGAGUAUUAUCACAGAAUAUUGACUACUACGAAUUGUACUGUCACGGGACUGCUUUCUUUGGUAUCGGUCGUUGAAGGCGUAUGGGCUUACAAGAAAGGUUUUGGCUGCCUAAGUUUUCUCAGUUGCUGCAGCAAAGGAAAAAAAGGAAGAACCAGUAGGAAGUCAGUUGUCUCCUGGAUAACCAAGCCUGACACCGAAGAAGCUUAUGAAUUACCAACCUUCAAGCCAAGGCCUUCCAUCCUGAGAGUUCCAGCAGUGGAGCCACCACCCCCACCAACGCCAAAAGGCAACAGGAUGAGGACAGCUAAUCUGGAGACAGCAAUGGAAUCAAGACAGCCCACCCAAACCGCAGUUAAAAUAGACUAUAUAUAG